AUGGCCGACAGUAACGCCCUUCUCGUGCCAAUUCAGCUUCAAGCAUUCUCUCUUAACCCAGCUGUGUGUGGCACAGGACAAGACAAUGACAAGGGAGCUCGUAUUAUCCCCAUCACGCAGCCCAACUAUACAUUCCUGCGGCUGGACAACUUCGUUGUGCAGAGCGACGUUCUAAACCACGCCGAUCUUCACAAUGCGGCCCCUGCCAGCAGUAACUCGCGCAUGACGGACCUGGGGUCAAGGACGUUCGCCCCUCGCCGGAAUCGCCACGGCAUUUACCUUCACUGGAUUCUUCCUCAGCUGUAUCGCUCCGGCGUGGCAGCUACGGACUCAGUCUCUUCGGAGCGUCUCAGCGACGAGCGCCUCAGGCAAGGAUUGCCCGAUCGCGACAUCAAAGUCGAACCCAAGGCCGGAGAGGCAUCGACUCCCGAAUUCCUCGCUCCGCCAACCCGAUGGAUCGUGGUUCGAAAGCUCAAUAUGGACAGCAUCGACCCCGCAGCGAAAUCCCAGUUCAAGCAGUACCAGGCCUGGGUUAUCGAAAGCGACUACCGCUGGACGCUGGAUGAUAUUCCGCUCAGCUACGACCUCGAGGUGGAUGUCUCGCCGUAUAUCGUGGGUGUCGCGGGCUCAGGCGACGAAAACGCCAUCGAUCAGCAAGCUGAGGUCUUUAUCGGCAGAAAGACGCCGCUCGAGGAGUGGUCUGCGUCGACGGAUGCUCAGUAUGCGGAUAUCGACAUUCUCCGCAGCGGUAACCAGCUCUUCGCCGACUUUCAGCUGCACAACACCAACGUCUUUAGCAUUUUGGACAACUUUGAGUACAAAGGUCCUAAUAAAGAGACGUGCUACCUCGAUGUGGCCACUGCAAGCUAUUACCUCUUGGGGUGGCAUUCGGACAACUCUAGCGAUCCGCUGUGGGAUCCAAUGAAGCGAUACACUCAUGAGCAACGUUUGGAUGCCCUAUUUAUGACUCUCGCCGACACCGGCAACCCGGAUGUGACGGAGGCUUGGCUCAAGUCAACAGAUCCUGCUAGGCUCUGUUUACACGGCGCAAUGUACGACGUCAAAUGGGACCACAAGAAUAAGCCAGCGUCUGUCCCGGCAGAUGACUUCUCCCAACGCGUGCUUGAUCAGCAGGUCCCCUCCUUCUCAGUGGGCACAACUCCCCUGGAUGCGUUGAUGACGUACUGCUCAGCGAGAGAAGGCCUUGAAAAGGGAGUUGUGGCGAAGCUGGAGGAAGAUCUCCUGGCCAUAGACUCCCUGCUGCAUGCUCGUGAUGACGGCGUCGAGGGCCAGCGCGAAGCCAAGGACACGGUCUACAACUGGAAUUUCUCCCGCUUCAAAGGCGGAGCACACUUCUUCUUUGGCGGGCAAGACAGCCAAGGGCAGCCAACCAAGCCGACUGACGCUGCCAUCGAUGCUUUGAAUGAAGCCAACCAGAUACAGCGUAUCUUGGAUGCCUGCCGCCGUCUGGCUGAUCAAUGGCGCUGGGAUAUGUUCUCGACGUGGUGGAAGUUCGUCAGCACCGUCUCCAACAAAGAGGAUGGAGACGACAAGACCAAGACUGAUGCUGACGCCAUCUCACAACGUCUGCAGGAUCUCAGCAAGUGCAUAGCUGAGCUGGAAACCCAGCUGGAAAGCAGACUUCAUAGUGCCGACCAUGUACUGGCCGAGGCAAAAUCAGGGACUUUACCAUUCUACUAUAGCGCCAAAGACCCGACACUGUUGGUUGGGGGCGUCGAUUCGGGAUGGCCGACGGACUUUUCGAAUAAUGUCCCGGUAAGACUCCCCGUGCAGACCGUAACAGUAUCGUCACCAUCAAGCCUCCCGCCGGCUCUCUCCAGUCUAAUCUCGGCCGUCCAAGCCGUGCUCCCGUUAACUGCGGCUAGCCAACUUCUAACAGAAUUCUACGCCCUGCAACCCUGUCAGCUACCGCCAGAUGCACCUACACAAGGUCAUGCGUAUCCUCAUUUCCACGAGAAGGGUACCCCGGAGAGGCCAUCGCGGGAUAAUUGGGGUGACCAGCAGCCAUGGUUCCCGCUCUAUGUUGAAUGGGAGGUCGAGUACACCCAUGUGCCGUAUGAAUUAUGGGUUCUAGACGAACAGACUGCGCGUCUUUCGGCCAACAAGAUGGUGCGUUACGGUGUUGAUGCAUCAGACAAGCCCCUUUGGCAGAAGCUCCAGGACCCCCAUGACACUCGCAUCCUCUCUGGGAGAGUGCUCAUCCUCCCACAGCCAAGCUUCUCGCUCAAGAACAAAGUGACGCAGCUCAUCUCAGAUACUCCGCCGCAGAUCUUGGACCAGUACCUCGAGGAGUGCGGCCUCGAAGAGUCUGACCUCCAGGAGCUGGUGGACAAUAUCGGCUCUCUGUCCUAUCUAUCCUGCCCGCUGUCCGGUAUCACCCAGGGGCUCCUCACUCUUAGCAUGGGCGCGCAUAUCAAGCCCGAGAAUAAACAGUUGACUGACCAAGGCGAGACAGUUGUCGCAGUCAAGGCGGCCGAGUUUGACGCCGCCGGCCUGACCAAGGAGCGGAUCGAACUCAUCAUGGGCAACUCGAGCGUGACCCCGUUCGCAGCCAUGGUGAGCUUUAGCAACGCUGCAUUCUGCCCUUUCAAGCCCGUGACACAUGGACAGAUGGCAUUUAGAAAGCUCAACAUCAUAGACAAGUUCGGCCAAGCCAUCGUAGCCAUCGACCCGCAGCCGCAGCCGCAUAAUCAGCCGCCGCCUCCUCUCUUUCCUGGCAUCAGUGACUUUUACGAACCGCAGGCGGUCCUCCAAGACGGUACCCUCGUUGCCAAUGCUGUCCAACCGCAGAAUAACUCGGCCUGUGAGUUUAUCCAGCUUCCACCGCAGAUCAACCAACCUGCACGACUCAACGCCGACUUCAUCAUGCCGACUAUGUCGAUAGACGGUGGUGCCUCAAGACAGUCAUCAUACUGGCGCUCUGCCACGGAAUGGGAGAACCCUAUAUGGGGCUGGAUAGUAGUCAACUACGCCGACUACGGUAUCCAACUGUUUCUGCAGGACGGCACGUUUUACGGCGAGGUGCGGAUCGGAGGGCCUGGGAACGCCCUCGAGGAGCCCAAGUGGUCGCCCUUUGAGCCAGACAAGACAAUCUCCACGGCAGAUGCCCUCCGACUGGACGCCUUGAUCCUGCGGCUCAAGAACAAAGACUAUCUCAAAGGAGUCUGGGCCAUGCUCACAACUGCCCUCGACAACUUGGCCCCCGCACCGGACGCCUACGCCCAGUUCCUCAGCUGCACCAUCGGGAAGCCCCUUGCGCUGGUAAAUAUGGGCUGGUCGCUGGAGCUGGCAGGGCCACCCCUAAGUAACCAGAGCACGCGCACUGGAGAGCACUCAUCAUCUCCGGAGAGAGAUCUCGUGGACGAUACAGACCCGAACGGCGAGCACUCGUACGUCUUCCACGUCAAGCUCGGCGACAAAGAGCGAGAAUACGACGGACUCGUCGGCUAUUUCGACGGCUACUUGGAGCCCGAGAAGAACGAAGAUCUAAACUACGACAUGAUUAGCACGUAUUUUACAGGAGAGAACCUCGAUAGGCCGUUCGAUAACCUCCGGGCCCUGACCAAAGACACAUAUCCCACCUUUAAGCCUUACUGGCUCUCACCCAUGAGUCCCAGCGAUGAAAGCAAAACCAUGGAUGCGGAUGUCUUCACGGACCGUCACAAUGCGUAUCUGCAUCCAUUUGGUGCUAUUGUCGACCCCUUUACGGCAGUGCACGGCUACUCUUCUUUUCUACCGGCCAAGGCGCUCCAGCUACCAGCUUGGACUUGGCAGUCGGCCAUGCAGAAUCUCAUGGCAUUUUUCCACUGGGGACCUGUGACGCUCACAAGCGACGUAGGGCCGUACUCUGCCGAUGACAAGCUGACCAUGGCAAAGGCAAAGAUGCGCCCUGGGCGGAACGUGUCGAUACCAGGGCUGGGGCCAGGCGAUGAGUGGAACUGGCUGCAGCCAUACGACGAGGGUGGACAAGGCCAGCCAUCAUUUAACGCAAUGGGUAUAGAGAAGCGAGGAAAUCUGACCGUCCCAGGGUUCCAAAAGGCCCCAUACACGGCGAUUGAAGGCUUUUUGCAAUUGAGGAGACCGGUGAUGCAGGGUAAGGGAGAUGAUAAUACAUAA